AUUUUAUCUUCAUUCUAAUGUUUGUAAAUAAAUUGAAAAUAAUGUAGUGAAGAUUUAUACAUACAUACGAUACAAGGAUUUCCUAGCACAUGUAAGAAGACAGAGUGAAUACUUUGUACUACCGGUUACCUCGCUACUCGCGAAAGAGGUGCAGGUUUUCUGUAUAUUUGACCAUAAUGACUGCGUUAAGUGGUUUUAUGGAAUUUUUUCAAAAAGGGAAGGUGAAUACAUUUAGGCCAAAAAAAAAAUUUGCUCAUGGCACAUUACGAUAUUCUUUGCAUAAACAAGCACAAGCUUCAUUGAAUUCAGGAAUUAAUUUGAGAUCUGUUGUGAAAUUACCACCAGGAGAAGAUCUGAACGAUUGGAUUGCAGUUCAUGUGGUAGACUUUUUUAAUAGAAUAAAUCUGAUAUAUGGUACCGUAUCUGAAUAUUGUGAUUCUGCGUCUUGUCCGACAAUGAGUGGCGGAGCACGUUUUGAAUACUUAUGGGCAGAUGGUGAAAAAUAUAAAAAACCUACUGCACUCCCAGCACCACAAUAUGUUAGCCUUCUUAUGGAUUGGAUUGAAGCACAAAUUAAUAAUGAAACCAUUUUUCCUGUAUCAACAGAUGUACCAUUUCCAAAAACAUUUGUACCACUCUGUAGGAAAAUUUUGACACGUUUGUUCAGAGUUUUUGUCCAUGUCUAUAUACAUCAUUUUGAUCGUAUCGUAGCAAUAGGAGCGGAAGCACAUGUAAAUACAUGUUACAAACACUUUUACUAUUUUGUAACAGAAUUUGAAUUAAUAAAUACAAAAGAAUUAGAACCAUUGGCUGAAAUGACUGCUAAAGUUUGCAAGGAUACUGCAUCACCAACACAAGCAACAGCACCAUCAAGUAAUGCUAGAUAGUUGUAAGCUUAAUAAAUGCAUGAAGUCAUAACCAAAUUAGAAUGAAACAAAUUUGCUUUAAUGUAAGUAAAAUAGAUAAUGACCAUACAAUUUUAUUGCCUUUCAAAAAGUAUUGCAAAAUUUUUAUUGCUAGGAUACCACAAGAUAAUAUUUGUUUUUUUCCAAUUUACAGAAUCAAAGAAUUUCAACAAAUGCUUUAUGUACAGUGCUUAAGUUCUUUAAUUAUAAUAUUGAAAAUAUUUUAUAUUUUCCUACUUUAGGAUGACUUAUUAAAGUAACUAUAUCUCUCUCUCCCUGGUUAGCCAUAUUAAAUGCGUAACAAAUGAAAUAAUUAGAUUUUGAAAAUCUAUACUUUUUGUGGGUAAAUAGUUACAGCAAUUAUUACAAUAAUUAAUUGUAACAGUAAGUAAUUAAUGUAUAAACAUACAAGUUAUGUUUUUACAAUUGUAUGUCUUAAAAUUAGUUUAUAUAUCUUUAAAUGUACAGAUUAACACUUGUACUCAAGUAAUUUUAUACAUCGAGUUUUAUAAAUAGACUAAUAAUUUUAUAAAUAGAUUAUUUAUGAUACAUAUUAAUUUUAUAAAUAGAUUGUAUUUAUAAAAUUAUUUUAUAAAAUAUAUAUUUGUAUAUAUAAUUUUGCGUCAUUAAGAUGUUUGUGUAAUGUUCUCAUAUAUUGCAUUAAAAAUUAAAAACAUUUUCUAUGAAUAACACUGUACUAAUAAUAAAAAUAGAUAACAUCGCAUAUUGUAAAAAAAAGAAAAAAGAGUACAAAUUUAAAAAUUAAUAAAACACAAUAAACCAAUUGCCAUGAUAAAAACUUGUUCACUGUUUAUAAAUAACUUAAAAUGGAUUAUGAUUAUUUGAAAUAAUUUCACUCAUUAUAUACAAUUUUCGUUUACUGCAGAUUACAAGUCAACAAAUAAACUUUUCGAGGAUGAAUUUAUUGUUAUAUUGUAGCCAGAUAAUACAUGAUUUGGAAAUGUACUGUUUAUUCACCAGGAUUAAAAUAAGACUAUAAAAUAUCACACUAAAGAUUAAAUACAGCAUUUUUUUACGUAGCUUCAAUAAUAAUUUGAUAUUAUAGUUAUGAUUAUAUUUUAUAAUUACAAAUAGUUUGAGUUUUUAUAGUCUCACUUUAAUGCCAAUUCCUUUGCUAAAAGGUCUGUGUUACUUAUAACUUGUUCUAAAUUUAUUGAUGGUAACAUGUUCACACUCGUAAUCUAUACAUGCCGGAACGAAUGAUAUUAUAAUCUUGUAAGUUU